AUGGAAUUCCUACCUUUCUUCAGAAUCCUCUACUGGGACAUCAGAGUUCACAAUUUUCUCUCAGAUGUCCACUACUUUCUCCAAACUCCCUUAGCUUUCAUCCCCACCAAAUGGAAAACUUGGACCAACACGAAAAGCCGAAACACUGAUCAACCACUGAAGUGCCAGCAGUGCUUUCCCAUUGAUGAUCAUGAGAUUAACCCCAUUGAUGAUGGUCAAGAACUUUGCUUUGGAGAGCUGAAGAUGGUGAUGGACAGGUUGGGCAUAUCAUAUGAUCCAAUUGGAGCUGAUGAUGACAAGUUUGGUGUAGAAGAGUUUUCAACAAUGUUUGAUGAUGAAGAGCCUUGUUUUGAAGAGUUGGAGGAAGCUUUUGGUGUGUUUGAUGUGAACCAAGAUGGGUUCAUAGAUGCAACUGAGUUGCAGAGAGUUGUCAUUAGUUUAGGGCUAGUGGAGAGAUCACAGGUGGAGGAGUGCACAAGGAUGAUUAGUGCAUUUGAUGAAAAUGGGGAUGGACUCAUUGACUUUAAUGAGUUUGUCAAAUUAAUUGAGAAGUGUUGCUAA